AUGUGGAGGUCACAGGUGCUGUUAGGUCGGGAUGACAUCCUGAAGAAGGUCGAGGAGUACAUUGAGGGAGAUAACUCUAACCCUACUCCAUUGGUGCUUGUGGGGUCACCGGGUGCAGGAAAGAGUGCCGUUGUCGCUUUCUGUGCCAAAGAUAUUACAUCCAAGUCUAAGUACAAGACAUUCUACCAUUUUGUGGGAGCGACUCCUGGCUCUACUGAUCUGUAUCAGAGUUUAACACGAUUAUGGACAGAUUUGAUGCCUUGUAAGGAAGAAAUUCCUUCUGAGUUAGAUGAGAUGGUGAGGUCAGUGCAGACAAUGUUUGUGCAAGCUUCUGAACUAGCAGCUUUGGAAGGAUAUGACAGACUUGUGGUCUUAUUUGAUGCUCUCAAUCAAAUGGAUGAUGAAGGUGAUGCGCAAUCAUUGCGCUGGUUACCUAGCUGUUUACCUGGUAAUAUGAGAGUGGUGGUCAGUACACUGGACGGGAAAUGCAGAGAAUCUUUGAAACAGAAGAAACCUCCUGCCAGAGAAGUGUUUGUUAACCCUCUUGAUGUGAGCAUCAGGAAGCAAAUUGUUACACAAAUCCUGGCAGAGUACAGUAAAGCCUUGGACCUAGAACAGAUGAGGACGCUGGUAUUGAAGGAAGAUGCUGGUCGUCCAUUAUGGCUCUCUGUGGCUUGUGAGGAACUGCGUGUAUUUGGCAGUUUUGAUCAGCUCACCCAGAAAAUAACCCACCUUCCUGGAGAGCUUAUCGGACUUCUGGAUAUGGUUCUGGCUCGUAUAAUCAGUAGCUAUGGAGGAGACCUAGUAAAAGCCACCCUCUGUCUGAUAGAGGCUUCAAGGUUUGGUUUGCUAGAGACUGAGCUAGUGGAACUGUUAGCUGUUGACCCGGUCAUACCGCCAGUGAGUGGCUCCAAAGGAGAAAGGCACAGAAAGACUGAAGACAAGAUUCCCAUGGCUAUGUGGGCGUUGAUAUUCCUUGGCUUGAAGCAAUAUUUGAGAUCGUCUGGUAAUUCUGGAGAAGGUCGCCUGGAUUUUUAUCAUCGGACCAUCAGUAAGGUGGUUCAUAAUGUCUACAUGGGAAAUGAGGCAGACACCCUGAAAUGGCACACCCGGCUGGCGGACUACUUUGAACAUUGUGCUGAUGUAGAAAGGAAGGCUGAAGAAUUACCACAUCACUGUGAGGCCAUCGGUGACUUGGAGGGAUUAAAAACCUGCCUGCUAGAUAUGAAAGUUUUCAAGAUUCUUUACCAGGAAAGCACAAAGCUGCAGUUAAUGAAAUACUGGCAGGUGAUUGGAGGAUAUGAAGUGGCUGCAGAGGCUUAUGUGAAUGCUUUGGCUUCAUACAAACAGGAAAACAAUAUGGUGGACAUUGACGAGAUAGAGCCCGUACAGGUGAGGGUGGCCUGGUUUAUUCUGGACAUUGGUCAGUACGACCUGGCUCAGUCUCUGCUGGAGGAGGUAUUAGAACAGCUCCGGCAGAAGUACGGGGAGAAGUGUAAACUGAUGUCCGGCUGUCUGGUGGCACUUGUCACGCUCUUCUACAGACAAGCUCUGAAAUUUGUGUAUGGUUCCAACACUGGGUACAAGCACUGUCUAUUGAUGGGGAAAAAAUACGCCGAACAGUGUAUUAAGAUUUACAAAACUUACUGGCCAGAAUCAGAUUUAGAAUUAGGGCGCACCUUGGGUUUAUGUGGCUAUUUUUGUUCCAAAGUUUUGACGGAAGCUAAGACAAUUCUGGAAAAAGCAGGAGAUAAGCGAGCCCUUUCCCAUGUCCUGUACAUCAUAGGUGAAAAACAGCAGUACAACCCUGAUAUGAAUAUCCCCAUUGAGCUUUUCAAGCAGUCACUGGAGCUGUGUGUGUCACAGUUUGGAAGGUAUCAUCUACAGACUGCUCGUUGUUACCAGUUGUAUGGUCAACUGUACUGGAACACUUUUGCUUGUGAUCAGAAUAUAGAUUGGAUGGGAAAAUGUCUACCCUUAUACGAAAAUGAGCUGGAGAUCAUUGAGGAGCUCUUGGGGUCUUCUCAUCCCACCACAGUGCGUUCUCGCGAGGACGUCAUCAUCAUUUUACAGACUAUGGACAGACAUGACGAGGCUAAUGUGUUAGCUAGGCAACAGCCGGCACAACACGAUGCUCUGUGAUA